AUGGCCAUCAAUCUUCGAGUCACACCUAUGCUCUUUGCCCUCUUACUCGCCCUGAGCCUAAUCCAAACCUCUAAUGCAGGUGGCAUUGCCAUCUAUUGGGGUCAAAGUGGCAGCGAGGGAACCCUAAUCCAAACCUGUGCCACCGGAAGAUACAAGUACAUAAACAUAGCCUUCCUCAACAAAUUUGGCGGUGGCCGAAAACCAGAAAUCAAUCUCGCAGGUCAUUGCAACCCAGCAUCCAACGGAUGCAAGAUUGUUAGCAAUGGCAUUAGAUAUUGCCAAAAGCGUGGAGUUAAGGUGAUGCUCUCCAUUGGAGGUGGAAUUGGAAGUUACUCCCUAACUUCUGCUAAGGAUACACAAAACACAGCACUCUAUUUGUGGAACAAUUUCUUGGGUGGCAAAUCAGCAUCACGUCCAUUAGGAGAUGCCAUAUUGGAUGGUAUAGACUUCGACAUAGAGGUCGGCUCGACAAAAUAUUGGGCUAACCUCGCACGAGACUUGAAGGCAUAUAGCAAGCCUGGAAGAAAGGUGUACUUAAGCGCAGCUCCCCAAUGUCCAUAUCCUGAUAGAUUUCUUGGUGACGCCCUUAACACAGGCCUUUUUGACUAUGUUUGGGUUCAAUUCUAUAAUAAUGGUCCGUGCCAAUAUAGUUCAGGUAACAUCAACAAACUUAUCGAUUCAUGGAACCUAUGGACUAAGUCAUUGAAGGCUGGAAAGUUAUUUUUGGGUUUACCGGCAGCUCCACAGGCAGCUGGAAGUGGGUAUGUUCCACCCAACGUGCUCACUUCUCAAAUUCUUCCUAUCAUCAAGAAGUCGCCAAAGUAUGGAGGUGUGAUGCUUUGGUCAAAGUAUUAUGAUGAUAGGACUGGAUAUAGUUCUAAAAUUAUAAAAAAUGUAUGA